AUGUCAUACCUUCCCAAACAUAUAAGCGUCGGGAAGGUCUGCAAAACGAAUAACUUGUGCGUUGCAAAGUGGAGGAAGAUGAUGACGAAUCCGCACAUGAGUUGUAAAAAAAUCGCCAUAAGUGGAUACUCCGCGGGGGGCGGAAGAAGCGACGUGAGCAGCAUUAAGCAUGUGAGCCCCGUAUGCGCUGCUAAUCGUUCUGGAGAAACGGAACCCGGUGCUCCCAACUGUAUGGGGGAGCCCGCCUCCAGCCCCACGCCGCCCAGCACAUGCGGCGACCCCUCAGGUGAAGUUAUUUUAAAAAAAAAAUAUAAUCGAAUUUUGUUAAUCGAAAAGUACACCAAGUAUGACAAUCUAAGAAAGCAAGGAUUUAAAGACGAUUAUAUUCUGCGCAAUUUUUUUUCUGUCUAUAUUUCUCACUUUACGCAUACUCUUAUAAUGAACAACGUGAUUAAUAUUCUGAGGACAAAGUACAGAUCUCACGUGUCGAUACUUAAGGCGUAUAAGCGGAACAUUGACAACAUCUGCAUCAGCAGCUCUAGUAUUUUUUCUCCGGAUGCGAUUUUCAGCGUGGGCGGAGACGGAACAUACCUGGAAUCCGCGCACAUAAUCGCGAACAAAUACAUCGUCGAGGAGAACUCUGGAGGGACGAAGAAACACAUCGAGCUGGUCGGGAUCAACAGCGACCCCAGGAGAUCUGAAGGGAAACUCUGUCUGGAAUACUUCCAUGCAGAUCCUGAAAACGAAAUAAACUACACUUAUGAAUCAUUUGAAGAAUUCGAGGAAAUUUAUAAAAAAAAAAAAAAAAAAAAAUUUCAUCUUCACGGAUGUGUCCAAUUUUAUCAGGAAUCUCAAAGAGAGAGAGGAAAAGGCCAACAGGGUGAUGAGGAGUGA